AUGUUGCUAUGGUGCACCUCCGGGGGCUCUUGGCUGAAGGCCAGCCUCCUUGGCGCCAUAUUGCUCUCAUCGUUCGCUUACGGAGUCACCGUCUCUUCUAACAACUCUCUAACCAUCCACCUGCCAUUAUAUGGCUCAUUUGCCGGAACAACUCUCAACACGACCACAUCUGGUUACCCUCUUUUGGCACCCGUUGACGUAUGGUAUGGCAUCGACUACGCAGAGCAGCCUGUCGGCAAUCUCCGCUUUAGUCCAGUGGAGUGGCCUCCUGUGCUGAAUGGAACACGGGAAGCCAAGUCCUACGGCAAAGUCUGUACCCAAGAGCCAGGGAACUCAAACUUGGUUACUUAUAUCAAGACUGAGCUGGAAUAUGGCGAAGAUUGUUUGAAUCUUAACGUUUACAGGCCCUCUGGUGUAAGCCUGGACAGGAAGCUUCCUGUUCUGAUCUGGAUUCAUGGAGGUCUUUAUCGCAAUGGUGCUGGCAUAAUCUUUGAUGGCGCUUCAUUUGUCGCGGCUUCGCCGGAGGCACUCAUCGUCGUGACCUUUAACUAUAGACUGGCCGCUCUUGGUUUCCUGGCUUCCCCCGCUUUCUCGGAACUUGGUAAUGUCAACCUCGGUCUUCAGGACCAGCAUCAACUUCUCCGUUUCGUUCACCGAUAUAUCUCAUCAUUCGGCGGGGACCCAGAGCGUGUUACAUUGGGAGGCAAGUCAGCCGGUGCGCACUCAGUUGGCUUUCACUACCAAAACCCCUUCAUCCCUGGGGAGGAACUAUUUCAACAGGCUAUUUUCCAGUCAGGUGGACCGACUGGCCGCGCCUUCCCCAACGCAUCAGAUCCGCUCACUGUGAAGCAGUUUGAGCAGUUUGUUGAACGAGUCGGUUGUCAGAUCAACGAGACUGCUGAGGCACAGCUCGUGUGUCUGAGGGCAGUUGACGUUGAACUCAUUGAGAAGACAGCGACUGGCCUUUUGGCUGAAUACCGAUUCAACGGCACUCAUCCUUUCCAAGCUGUUUCUAACGCUGCUAUCAUUCCGCGCCUUUCCUCCAAAACCUGGGAAUUGGGCUUGUGGAACCGCCUACCUGCUCUGAUAUCUUUCAACACCGACGAGGGUAGCAUGUAUGCGCCAACAAACUUGACCACGGAUGAGGAAGCCUGGGGUUGGCUUUCCAACUUGUAUCCGAACCUCAACGAGAGCGAUAGGCAGAUCUUUGACCGCCUGUACCCCGACCCGCAAACGAAUCCCGAAUCUCCAUAUGUGGAUUCCAGGGGACAAUCUGCUCAGUUCACAAGGCUAUCUGACGCCUAUGGUGAUACCACAUAUAUCAGCGUUGCGCAAGAUGUCGCAUCUCGCCUUUCAGCGGAGGGUCUUCCGGUGUGGAAGAUGCACUGGAACACUAACAACAGCAUCUCUCCUUACCUCGGUAUCUCACAUGGUGCCGAUGUCUCUUACGCUUGGUCUGAGCCGGGUACACAAUAUCCUGAAGCUGGAACAGUGCUUGCCAGAUACUACGCAAGCUUUGUUGUCAGCGGCAACCCGAAUCCAUUGAAGGCAACCAAUGCCGUUGACUGGAUCAAUUAUGAGGCGCCAGGCUCCGAUGGUCUAGGCUGGCAAGUAAGGGUAAACCCGAAGGAAACACACAUCGAGAGAGAUGACAUCAGGAGAGAGGCCAUCGAGUACUGGAGAGCAAACCCAGACAAGCUGGAUCAUUAA